UUUCUCUCGCCCAACCCAAAUCAAAUCACAGAUUCAGCUCAGCUCAGCUCAGCUCAGCUUAGCACUCCUCUUGGACACAAAAAUACAACCCAGUCACACGCUCUCUCCUCUCUCUCUCUCUCUCUCUCUCUCUCUCACACACACACACACACUCUAUCUAGGGUUUCCAAAUUUCCCCAAAUCCAGUCCACCCCAUACAUUCUACUAAUCUGGUACUGGUACUGCAGUUUCCACCAUCUUCCAGAUGUUGCUCUCUAUUUCCUUCUCAAUUUGAUUUCCCCUCAAUGCCUUCUCUGUAAGUGGUGGGGACAAUGAGGCUUUGGCACUAUUGGGACGAAAAAUAGAAUGAGUAAAGCGGAGAUUUCGAAGAUGAAGCAAAAGCCACCACUUGUUCCUCUUGGGGCUCUGAUUGGUCGUGAGCUCAGGAAUGAGAAGGUGGAGAAGCGCACUGUCAAGUAUGGGCAGACUGCUCUGGCCAAAAAAGGGGAGGACUAUUUUUUGAUCAAGCCAGAUUGUCAGAGAGUUGUGGACAAUCAGUCGACUUCUUUCUCGGUUUUUGCGAUUUUCGAUGGCCAUAAUGGUAUAUCGGCUGCUAUCUUUGCGAAAGAGAAUUUGUUGAAAAAUGUUUUGAGUGCUAUACCUGAAGGACUUGGUGGGGAGGAGUGGCUUCAAGCCCUUCCUCGUGCAUUGGUUGCUGGGUUUGUGAAAACUGAUAUAGAAUUUCGGCAAGGAGGUGAGAAAUCAGGAACAACUGUUACAUUUGUUGUGAUUGAUGGGUGGACUGUGACUGUUGCAUCUGUUGGAGAUUCUAGGUGCAUAUUGGAUACACAAGGUGGUGUGGUUUCUCUUUUAACAGGUAACCAUAGAUUGGAAGAAAAUGCUGAAGAACGAGAGCGUGUUACUGCUAGUGGUGGUGAAGUUGGCAGGCUUAAUGUUGGGGGAAAUGAGGUUGGUCCAUUGCGAUGCUGGCCAGGUGGAUUGUGUCUUUCCAGGUCAAUUGGUGACACGGAUGUUGGAGAAUUCAUUGUACCUGUUCCUCAUGUUAAGCAAGUGAAGCUUUCCAGUGCUGGAGGAAGACUUAUAAUUGCCUCUGAUGGUAUAUGGGAUGCAUUGUCAUCUGAUCAGGCUGCGCAGUCUUGCCGGGGCUUGCCAGCCGAUCUUGCUGCAAAAUUAGUUGUUAAGGAGGCUCUUAGGUCACGAGGUCUGAAGGAUGAUACUACCUGCUUGGUUGUUGAUAUUAUUCCUUAUGAUCACCCUGUCUUGCCUCCUACUCCUAAAAAGAAACAUACACUUCUUAAUUCACUUUUCUUUGGGAAGAGGUCCGAGAAUUCUAUGAACAAAGGAAGUAGUAAGCUCUCUGCCGUUGGGGCUGUGGAGGAAUUGUUUGAAGAAGGCUCUGCAAUGCUUGCAGAAAGGUUAGGUAAGGAUUUUCCUUUGAACUCAAAUUCUGGGCUGUUCAAAUGUGCGAUAUGCCAAGUGGAUCAGCAGCCGGGUGAUGGCUUAUCUGUUAAUUCAGGGCCUUUUUUCUCACCUGGAUCAAAGCCAUGGGAAGGGCCCUUCCUUUGUGCAACCUGUCGUAAGAAGAAGGAUGCCAUGGAAGGAAAAAGGCCCAGUAAACCCGCGAUAACUGCUUAAUCCGGUAAUGAAGUAUAUAUAGAUAUAUUUUUUCUCUGGCAAUGUGAGCUCUCAUGGUUACUCUGCCAUGGAUAUUGUUAUAGUUUCAUGUAAGAAAUGCUGUAGCGAUAUAGUGAGUCGGUAGGUGUUCCGGAGAGUGGUAGAAGUUUGUGAUUGUUCUGGUUGUGCUUGGCUGUUGGACUAACUGACCUUGACAGACAUACUAAUAGAUAUGAUUGUGGUAAUCGGAACACUAAUUGCUUGAAUUUGUGUAUUUAAAGGAUGAAGUGUCGAAAUGCUAUGUCUUGCAGUUUCUCUA